ACAUGAAGGGGCAGCAGGCGGCCGAAGAUGCUGCCGUGGUGUCCCUUAUGCUCAGGGCCGGCGCCAUUCCCGUGGCCAUCAGCAACGUGCCCGAACUUUGCAUGUCGUCCGAUUGCCGGAACAUGCUCUAUGGAGUCACGUCGAAUCCGUACGACACAAACCGGUCUCCAGGCGGAAGCUCAGGAGGCGAGGGCAGCUUGCUCGGCUCGGCAGCGUCCGUGGUCGGCGUUGGCACCGACUUCGCCGGCAGCAUCCGGCUUCCUGCAUACCGCUGCGGAAUCUUUGGACACAAGCCGACCCACGGUGUCGUGCCCUGCGACGGCAUCAUUCCAAAAUCAGGCGAGGCUCAGAUGAGGUUGAUCACACCGGGACCCAUGUGCCGCUACGCCGAGGACCUGUUGCCCGUGCUUCGAGUGAUCGCCGGAGAGAACGCUGCCGCCCUCGGCUUAGACAAACCCGUGGACUUGAAGAAACUGAAGAUCUACUACGUCGUGGACAAUGGCAACAAGUACUUCACUAGCCUUUGCAAGGAACAGAGUCAGGCCGUUCUGAAGGCGGUGAAGUGCCUGGAGAAUCUGUGCGAAGCCAAGUCCCAGAGGGUGACCUUCGAGGAAAUGCGUCGAGGGGUCUUCAUCUGGAUAGCCUCUUUCGGACCCAGCGCCAUGCCGUUCGCUUCCCUGUUCAAGAACUUCACGGGCUCGAUGAACCCACUCAGCGAGCUUCUGCUCAAACUCGUGGGUCGGUCUCAUCACACCAUGAGCGCCAUCUGGAUCGCUCUCGGAGAGCGCCUGGGCAAAGGCGCUUCCCCGGUCGCCGUGGAAGACCUGGUCGGACAGGGACGGGAGUUCGUCCGCAAGCUGGAGGACCUCCUGGGCGACGACGGCGUCCUUAUCUUCCCGUGCAGCGGCACAAAAGUGCCGUACCACAACCAGCUGUUCUCGGUGUACAAGAACCUGCCUUUCACGUGUCUCUUCAACACGGCGAGGAUGCCCGUGACGGCGUGUCCCCUGUACCUGGACCAGGAGGGGAUGCCCGUCGGGGUACAGGUGGUGGCUGCUCGCUUCAAGGACAGGCUCUGCCUCGCCGUGGCCAGGGAACUCGAGAAAGAGUUUGGGGGAUGGAGACCAGCGGGUACACGCUCGUGUUCUUAAAAAAAAAAACUGUGUUUUUUUUACCGAUUAAUGUUUUUUUACCGAUCCACCUGACGGGCAACGGUACAAAAAAAUCAUCGUCCUGAAUAUUUCGAAACUUGUAUCGGAAACGCCAGGAGAGUAUACAAACAGGCUGCAUUUUUUCGUCUUUCGGCGAAUAUUUUUAUAGUUAUAUAGCACUUGGCAUCAUGUGCGUGUAUGAAACAUGUACGGGGAGCAUUGCAGGAAGUGCACUCCUAUGAACUGCGGUGUUCUGAAGGUGGUUUUGUGCUGUAUAUACUUAUAAAAGCUUGUGGGUCAUUACCUACGACCUGAUCUGCUUGUUCAGUCUUGUGCAUUACAAAAUAUAACGCGGAGGUUGUUCCUACUUAAUUCAUAAACGAACAUAAGCCUCGCGGUAUUCGCCUGAUUUUCAAGUGAGGUGCAGCUCGGUUGUUUGUAUAUUGUAGUCAAUGAGUGGGAACACUUGAAAGUUAAGUUGUUUUGAAAGCUAGUCAUUUAGCUUUGGGUAUCUACCUUUUUUAAUUCCUUUUUCAAGGAUAACCUUUACAAG